GGACCCGCGCCACUUUCAGGCAAAGUUGGGAUCGAAGCAUGGAGGCAAACACCCUCAGCGCAGACCUCGAGGAAGGGGGCUGAGCCUUGCAGAUUGCUACGAGAAGCUUGGAGAGCGAAGGGGGAGGAGAAGAACAGGGACUCAUAACACAGGGGUUGAGCUUCCACGACUCAGAACAUUACUCUCAAUUCAAGUCACCAUCUGGGAAACGAGCGAGACCGAAUUUCCAUUCAUUCAGUCUAAAUUAAACAAAACUAGGUUGUUAGUUAGCGCUGAAAGCUACGGCCUCACGUUGAUUUUUUUCUGCUACAACUUCUGGAAACUCAGUGGUUUAGAGGCUAUCUACCGUUUUCUAACAGCAUUGAUGACUUCAGGCGUUGCUCUGUUGAUUCCAACUCUCUAAUACUUUCUCCUUCGGGUAGUUGGGAAUUUGUUCUCCCAACUUAAUGACACUACUCUGUUGACAAGAGUAUUUUGGACAAAUAACUCUGACUGAUCAUCCAUCCUUUUGCCGCGUUUUGUGUGGACUGGGAUUUAAACGCAAGAAGAGGACGGGUUCUCCAAUGCAAAAUUACAUGUAUGAGAAGGCAAUGGCACAAGAGACAAGAAACGGCGGCACAUCCACAUUAAAUAACAACAACGGCGUCGACAACAGCAAGAGGAAACUUUUAAUAGGGUUAGAUGUAAUUUGCCUUCUGUUAGUCAUGCUGCCCACUCUCGUGCUGCACAAGACGGCGGCCGUGGCGCCGUACAGGCGAGGCUUCUACUGCUCGGACGACAGCAUCCGCUACUCGUUCAAGAGCAGCACCGUGCCCUCCUCCGUCCUGGUGGCGGUCGGGGUCCUGCUGCCCACCCUGUCCAUCAUCAUUGGCGAGUGCUACAGGAUCUACUACCUGAAUGAGGGCUCCAAGUCCUUCGUCGGGAACCCGUACGUCUCCGCCCUCUACAAGCAGGUGGGCGUGUUCAUCUUCGGCUGCGCCGUCAGCCAGUCGUUCACGGACAUCGCCAAGGUGUCGGUGGGCCGCAUGAGACCCCACUUCCUGGAGGUGUGCAAUCCCGACUUCACGCUCAUCAACUGCUCCCUGGGCUACAUCACUGAUUACAAGUGCCUGGGGAUCCCGAGCAAAGUGCAGGAGGCCAGGAAAUCAUUCUUCUCAGGCCACGCCUCGUUUUCGAUGUUUACAAUGCUCUACCUGGCAUUUUACCUGCAAUCCCGUUUCUCGUGGCGUGGGGCUCGUCUGCUGCGGCCGCUGCUGCAGUUCACGCUGCUGAUGAUGGCCUUCUACACCGGCCUGUCCCGCGUCUCCGACCACAAACACCACCCGACGGACGUGCUGGCCGGCUUCGUCCAGGGGGCCCUGGUGGCUUACUGCAUAGUGUUCUACGUGUCUGACCUUUUCAAGCCCAAAGCGAAGGCCGCCACCCCUCCCCCAUCCCCCAUCAAGAAGGAGCUGCUGCCGUCGGCGGACAUCAUCGAGCGGAACAACCACCACAACAUGGUGUGAGGGAGGAUGGGGGGGAUGGGGCCCCCACGCGAACCCCCCCCACCUGAACAGCCACUUGUGACGUGAUGAGCAGCACCCCACCUUCACCCCCUUCCCACCGCACC